AUGUCGGCACACUACGUCGGCCAAGUCGCGCCCAACUACAUCCAUUCCACCAUGCAGUCCAACAGCUCAGACGACUCGUUCACGUUCACCGUCGGCAAGCUCGAUGCGGGCAUGGCCAUCCUCAUCGGUGACAAGGCUUCCCUCAUCGAGUUCCCUUCGCUCCUUCUCCCACCAGGAGUAUCCUCCGGAAGUGUAGUCAACAUCCGGGUCAUGCGGAACGACCAGCAGGAACGUCGCCAGAAGGAUGAAUUCGAUCAGUUGCAGGAAGACAUCCUGCACACGUUUGGUCAGCAAUCGCCCAAAGCACCGGCGCUGCGACUGCGAAACGUGACACAGACGUCGGUGACAUUGGAAUGGGAUCGUCUGUCGCUUGCUACUGCGACGCUGCUGUCGCUCGACAUCUAUAGGAAUGGUCAGAGGCUGGCACCUAUUCCGAAUCCGCUGCACAAUACAUCCACCAAGUUGUCCGGACUUGACGUGAAUGCAGAGUACACCUUUCACCUGGUCAUGAAGACCACCGCAGGCACUCUGACUUCACCCGUAAUCAAGACGCGAACACACACCAUCAACGACACCUCGGGCAUCAGCGUCUGCUUUGGUCAUGUGCACGAUCAAGAGAUGUUCGAAGCAGCCAAAAAGGCGUUGGGCAACAUGAAGGCCAAGUGGAGCGAUCGCAUUCAGAUCGAUACGACCCACUACAUCUGCACCGACCCUAGAAACCCUGGCGAUGUCAAUGCGCCACAGGGCUCGCAGGGGCAGGGGUAUGCUAAAGCGAUGCAGUUGAGCAUUCCAGCUGUGCUGCCGCACUGGAUCUUUGCGUGUCACGAUCAGAAGAAGAUGGUGGGCAUCUCGCCGUUUUACUUGGACCAGGACCCACCGAAUGCCAGCACGGUGAGGCAGAGCAUCGACAAUGUGUUGGGCAAGACGGCUGCCUCCGCGUCCACAGCAGCAGCAGCGCAAGCAGACCCUUCGACGACCAGCACCACUGCGUCUCCACCACCACCACCCCUUGAGAAGGACACGGAAUCGGCAGUUGCUACGCCCAGAGUGGCAGAGCCAGCGCAAGAGGAGCCAGCAAAACCAGCAGCGCUCGCUGCUGACGACGGUGCGCCGCUCGCCGAGCAAGCUGCCGGCGCGCCUGAGGAGCAAGCCUCCGGUUCAGCACUCGGCCUCGACUUGACCGAAGACCAAGCGUCCACAUCCGCACCACCACCACCGAUCAUCACCACCUCGGGCCCAUCGGAAGAUGGCGAACCCGAAGCACGCACCGCGCCGCUGCCGCUGCCGCCUCAGGUAGUCAUCACCCCCUCCGAGUCGCAAGAUUUCACCACCUCCCACACGGACGCCGAGGCUGCGCACGAGCCAGAGUCUGGAACAACGAGCGAAGUGCAGACGGAGGAGAGACAGGAAGAUGCCUUGCAUGCACACGGCUUGGUGGGCGAGACAGACGAAGAUGCAGACGGCGAGAUGGACGAUGUCAGUCUGGGGGGCACAAAUGCCGAUGACGAGGUGGAUGAGGAUCAGCGGGCGUACUAG